AUGAGCGCUUCGAAGCUGAAUAAUGCGGUUAGAAGUUGUGCGGGAUGUAAAAAGGAAAUUAAAGAAAAAUAUCUCCUCUCAGCGGCCGAUAAAUUCUGGCAUACGACUUGUCUGAAGUGCUCACAGUGUGGUGUGAUUUUAGAGCAAGUAGGAAAAACAUGUUUUGAAAAAGGUACUUCCAUACUCUGCAGAAAUGAUUAUUCAAGGUAAAGUUUCGCAUUAAUGUGUGAUUAUCUAAAUCAUUCAGCGAAUACGUGCUGAAACCUAGCACGACCAACCUAAGGGAAUUAAAGGUUAAUCUUACUUCGAAACGAUUUGAAAGGUUGCUAUUCUUCCAACGAAAACACUGCUGAAUAAGUCUGGAGUGUGUUAUAAUUAGUAAGGAACGAUUGACUACAUCAGCAAUGCGGCAAAAAUAAUCUUCUAUUUGUUGGUAAGAGAUAUAUAUAUACAGACUUAUCUGUUUGGAACUUUGUUAAAGUGAUCAAAACUGGCUGUCAGUAGCGGACGCGUUUCCUGAGAAACUGAAAACAUCUUUUGGAUGCCUUCUUGCUUUCAUCGCCGAAACCGCUUAACAAAGGACGUACAUGGUAAUUCUUACACAAUCAAUCUCUCUGAAACUGAAACUCUCAGUUUCGCUGACUCUAGUUUGAGUCUAGUCUCAGCAGACUAUCUUCUUGAACGUACUGAGCAGAGUCAAGCUUUGUAUUUCAAGAGGUGAUGCUGUUGAACUUGCUUUUGUUCUUUUCGUUUCUUGAGCCUCGAAAUUUGGUCACGUAUUUUAUCAUUUCAGCUAUAUACAAACAUUUAACACAAAUCAAUGCAUUUUCAUUGAAAAAAACAUCUUUGCACCUAUUUUAGUGUUCAUGGAUAUUAUUUUGUUAAAGUGGAAACCUGGUUUCCGCAUGAAUAUUACACGCAAUAAAGAUUUGAAGGAGGGAAGGGGAGGGGGGGGCCGUUGCGCACGGUUUGGAACUCGAUGUGAACUAAACGGCCAGAAAAAAAAGUUGACGGUAACUGAUCGUACUUGAUGCGCACUUCACUGUGACGCAGUGUAAAUUAAAUUAGUUUCUCUUAAGGUUCCCGUAGUGGCCUGGUCGAUUAAUGGAAAUUGCCUGAUCAGUUCGACUAUUGCAGGUUAUACGGUUCUUCUAAUACCUGUGCAGCCUGUGCAAAACAAAUUUCCCCAACUGCCAAGGUUUUACGAAGCGGUCAGAACAUUUAUCACGUCAACUGCUUUGCUUGCAUCACUUGCAAGAGGCUCUUGAAGACUGGUGACACGUAUUAUGUCAUAGAUGGUGAGUUGUUUUGCAAAGGAGAUGCAACGAUGAACAACCAACAGGAAAGAUAAAAG